GUUGACAACCCUUGAACUACCGCGGGAAACUCAUUGCUUGCACUGAAGGAUAAGCGCGGUCCGUGUAGGUUAUUUACAUUGCAUAAUGUCGAAAAAAAAAGGUCUCAGUCUUGAGGAGAAGAGGACACGCAUGAUGGAGAUUUUCUUCGAGACAAAAGAGGUGUUUCAGCUGAAGGACAUCGAGAAAAUCGCCCCCAAGACUAAAGGAAUAACACCCAUGUCAGUGAAGGAGGUUCUCCAGAGUCUGGUGGAUGACAACAUGGUGGACUGUGAGAGAGUGGGCACCUCCAACUACUACUGGGCCUUCCCUAGCAAGGCCCUGCACGCCCGCAAGCGCAGGUUGGAGGAGCUGGACAAGCAGCAUACCGAGGCGAAGCAAAGGAAGAUGUCUCUGCAGCAGGGUGUCGACAAAGCAAAAGUAGGACGUGAAGAUACAGAGGAGCGGGCCUCUCUUCUAAAGGAGCUGCAGGCUCUGAGGGAGAAGAGGAGUCUUCUGAAGGCAAAGCUGGAGAAGUACAGGGAGUGUGACCCUGAAGUGAUCGAGGAGAUGAGAAAGUCCAAUGUCACAGCUAAAGAGGCAGUGUCCAGAUGGACAGAUAACGUCUUUGCCAUCAAGUCGUGGGCCAAGAGGAAGUUUGGUUUCGACGACGGACGCAUCGAUAAAGCCUUCGGGAUUCCUGAAGAUUUUGAUUACAUGGACUGACUGCACAAUCUGUAAUUUCAAUGAAUUGUUUUUGUUAAUUGAGUGACCUCCAUUGCACACAACGACAACGCAAGUCAAACAUGUUACUUUAUGUUGAAAGGACACUAAAUCCACUCAGGCAAGCCCCCCAA